AUGAAUCUAUCCGCCAAACCAUGCGACAACUUUUACCUCUACGUGUGCGGUCAGCGAGACCCGAGGCUGUCUGUGCGCAGAAUAGUGUUAGAAGACUUCAUUGUCACCUUUGUGACCUCCGCCGUUGCGGCAGGGACAGGGGACGCAAACCAGACCGUUGGCCGAAAGGCCAAGGAUUUCUUGAAGACCUGCCACGACGUCAUCGCGACCAGCGUUGACAACGUAUUAUGGGUCAAGGAGAUGAUGGCGGCGGCCAAGCUGUCGUGGCCUUACCUGGGGAGGGAAAACGACGCGAUCCACAGUCUUGUGCACAUGGCCGUCUGCUGCGCUUGGCCCAGUUUUCUCGAGUUUACGCAGGCGAACGAGUCAGGGGGGAUAUUGAUGGAACCGUCGCCGUACCGGGACGCACACUUACAACGACGGCGGCGAGAUCUGGACAACGAUGCGCUAGGCGAUGUGUACGAAAAAUACUAUGGUAUUCUUCUCCAGCACUACGCAAGUGGUAGUGGCGGCAGCGUCGACCUGAGGGAAAUGAUACGGCUAGAAGAACCUUUUAAUAUUCUCACGACAGGGGAAGGCUGGCCGGAGGAGAGCGCGACUACUUACAAAUGGCGGGACAGCCGCGCGUGGAAACGUGUAUUGACAAAGCUGGCAGAGACGUUUCAUACCACAAACAACGUCCAAGUCAUGACGGCACAUACGGCGUACCUGGACCGACUUCUGGAACUGUCUUUCCAGAAUGAGAGCCAAGUGGUACUCGUGUUGGGCUGGCACGUCGUCCAGUACAUGGCUCCGUUUAGCAACCGAGAUCUGGCGAUCAAUCACUACACCGGUCGCAAAGACGCAGCCACCCCUAUACACUACAAUUACUGCCUCUUCCUUACCAACAGCGUGACGGGCAUCGGCUGCAUCGCGGACUUUGUCCGUGAGAACUUCACCGACAACGUCGAGGCCGACGUGGGCCAGCUGGCGACAGCCGUGCGACGUAUCCUGCUGGGCAACGACUCGCUGGCAUACCCGUACAAGAAGCUGGACACCGUGCUCAAGUAUUUCGAGAAGGCCCGCUCCCGCGAGCUCGACAUGGCAUACGAGAAGGUUCCCCCCAUGGGUGCGAACUUUGCCGAGAAUCUGGCGAGGACCACGGUGGCGCUGCGCCCUUCGUUCGAGACUGUGGUCCGCGGCAUUCCGUCAAGGGCGUACCUAAGCGAGUCGUUCUAUACGUACGACGGCCGCGACUACUCACUCUUUCCGGACGCGAUCGUGUUCCCGAUGUAUCUGGAAGACGCGCCGGAGCCCAUCCGCUACGGAAUGCUGGGCGCGGAGCUCGCCAGAGGCGCCGCGCAGGCGUACUUCGACAUCAUCCCGCGAAAGCACAUCCGCGGCUUACUGCAGUGCAUGCAGCGGGCGACCAAGGUGCACUCGCACCGCGAAGUCUCCACGCAGGCGUUGGUGGACUUGGCAUCCAUCGACGCUGCCUUCAAAGCCUUCGUCGACUCCGGCUUGGACGCCUCCGCCGAGUUGGCCGUGGCACCGGGGAUGACCGGCCGGCAACUUUUUUACGUGUCCUUCUGUUACUCUAUGUGCAGCACACUCAAACCGACAGACUUUGGCCGCUGUAACGACGUGCUCAGGAACACCUCUAACUUCGCGGACGCCUUCUCCUGUCCGGAGGGAAGCUAUAUGCGUCCGUCGAACCAGUGCACUAUCGCCUUCUGA